CGGCCUUUUUCCCUUCAGAUUCAUCCAAUUGCCCGGCUGCCGCAUACACACUGAGCCUCCUCUACGCGCGUUUUCCGAAUCUCCAACGCCCAGUGUCUCCUGCACGGCACAGCAACCCAUCGCGACCAUGGGUGUAUACCGCGUGGAGGUUUCGCCCAACAACCGCGCCGGCUGCCAAGUCAAGGCAUGCAAGGACGAAGGCACCAAGAUCAUGAAAGGCGAGUUUCGCUUUGCCGUCCAAGUCAUGAUCAAAGAGCACACAAGCUGGCAGUACCGUCAUUGGGGAUGUGUUACUCCCAAGCAGAUUGAAAACCUGGUCGAGACCUGCGGAGGCGACACAGAAAUGGUGGACGGCUACGAUGAGCUGCCUGAAGAAUUCCAAGAAAAGGUCAGGUACGCUCUCGAGAACGGCCACAUCCCUGACGAGGACUGCACACGCGAUCCCGAGCUCAACCGUCUCGGUGUCAAGAAGCCCAAGGGCAAAAAGGCUAAGAAGAGCAAGGAUGACGAUGAGUCUGAGGAGGAGAAACCCAAGAAGAAGGGAUCCACCAAGGUUAAGAAGGAGGAGGAUGAGGAGGAAGAUGUGCCAGCACCAGCCCCAAAGAAACGCGGCAGCAAGGCCAAGCUCAAGGUUGAGGAUGAAGAUGUUCCUGCUCCGACUGCCGCCCCUAAGAAACGCGGGCGCCCAUCCAAGAAGCAAUCCGAGGAAAAUGACGAGAGUGCUCCCCCUGCAAAGAAGGCUCGCGUCAACGGUAAGAGCAAGAAAACUGCCGAGCACACGGAUGACAGCGAGCAAGAGGCCCAAGCACCUAAGAAGGCCAGGGCCAAGAAGGCUGCCAUCAAGGACGAGGAAGAAGAGGAAGAAGCCCCGGCCCCCAAGGCUCGUGGCAGGAAGCCCGCAGCCAAGAAAGCCGAGCCCGAGGACAGUGAGAUUGACGACGAGGCUGCCAAGCCCAAGAAGGCCCCGCAGAAAAGGGGCCGCAAGAAGGCAUCCGAGUAAACCCAUGUUGUCCAAAACCAUCAUUCUUUCAUGAUGCUGUUGCUGCAGUAGGGGGGCGUUAGGGUGUCGGUAUAGUUCACGGUGCAAGAUACCCAGGUGCAUUGAAUUGAGAGAGAGAGAGAGAGAGGCAGAGAGAGAGAGAAUGACUGCAGAUAUUCGCAAUAUACUACGCAGUCUUGUUAGC